AAAAAAACCAACCAACCCUACCUGCACAGAUUUAUUUGAGAAUUGAUAUUGUUCGGAACGACUCUGGAAUCUGAACUAUGGAGGCGUCCCCCUGAUAUCAAGAAGUGUUCAAAUUUGACGAUCUCAGGUUCCCGCUUCCCUCUCUGUCGCUCCCGCUUCAUCUUUGCGGUUGUUAUUAAUGAACCUAGCAGAAGCCGUUUUCCCUUUCGGACUCGAGAAUGGUCGAAGUGAAGAACAAAGCAGAAGAAGACCGUGGCCACCACGCAACAGGGGCGUGACGGGCGUCUGUUCUUCUCAAGUCUCUCAGUCGCCUCCGCCAUCUUUACCCUGAAGCCUCCAGGGGUUCGAUGAUCCGUUUUAGGGUUUUGGAUUAGGGAUUUGAAAGGUUUCUGUUUCGUUCUGGAGCUUUUGCUUUAUCUUCUCAAUUCAAGGGUUCGCAAUUGGCUUCUGUUUAAACUAAAUUAAUGGCGGCCGCAGCCGAAAACCCUAGAAGUGCAUCCUCCAUUGUUGCCUCCAAACACUCGCAGAGCAGCAAUUCUAAAAUUCCCUCUAUUCCGAAACCACAGCUGUUUCCUUCAUAUCAUGAAAACCCAAAUAUCUCUCCGAGUGUGAGGAUUUUCUUUGAAGUCAUCACCAAAGUCCCUGUUCCUGAGCUUGAAGCCACUUUAUCAAGCACUGGAAUUCCUCCGUUGCCAGAGUGCGUUGAAGAGGUGCUGAAGUUCUGUUAUGGGUCUCCCGCAGCUGCUGUGAAGUUCUUUAGAUGGGCAGGCUUAACGAAGAAACACACGCCAUAUUCAUGGAAUCUGAUGGUUGACAUUCUCGGUAAGAAUCAACUCUUCGAGGAAAUGUGGGAUGCAAUUCGGUCGAUGAAGCAGGAGGGUGUGCUUUCAAUUGCCACCUUCGUCUCUGUAUUUGGCAGCUACUGUAAUGCCAAAAAAAUCAGUGAAGCUGUGAUGACCUUUGAUGUUAUGGAUCGGUAUGGUAUCCAGCCAGACGUAGUUGCUGUUAACUCUCUUCUUAGUGCAAUAUGCCGUGAGAAUAAUCAGACCUUAAAGGCACUUGAAUUCUUUGAGCGGAUCAAGACGAAGAUUGCCCCAGAUGGGGACACAUUUGCAAUCCUGUUAGAAGGUUGGGAGAAGGAAGGCAAUGUCGCCAAGGCGAAAACCACUUUUGGAGAAAUGGUUAUUCGAGUUGGGUGGAGUCCGCAGAACAUGUCAGCUUAUGAUGCAUUCCUUACAACUCUUGUCCGUGGAGCUCAGGCUGAUGAAGCAAUCAAGUUUUUAAUGGUUAUGAAGGGAAAAAAUUGCCUCCCAGGUAUGAAAUUCUUUUCGAAUGCCCUUGAUAUCCUUAUUAGGCAGAAAGAUCAUAGUCAUGCUGUGGCGUUAUGGGACAUCAUGGUGGGUAGCGGCUUGGUUCCCAAUCUGAUAAUGUACAAUGCGGUGAUUGGCCUGAUAUGCGACAACAAUGACAUCGACAAUGCCUUCCGUUUCCUUGACAACAUGGCCUUCCAUGGUGCCUUUCCUGAUUCCCUUUCUUAUAACAUGAUUUUCCAAUGUCUGAUUAAGAACAAGAAGGUUCGUGAAGCAGCUAGAUUUUUCUUUGAGAUGACAAAGAAUGAAUGGCCUCCAACUCACUCUAACUGUGCUUCAGCCAUUAAAUUGUUCUUUGAUUGUGAUGAUCCUGAAUCGGCUAUCGAGGUGUGGAGUUACAUGACUAAGAAUCAUGUAUCUCCAGUGGAUGAAAGCUCAAAUGCAUUGCUCAUUGGGCUUUGUGAUUUAGGUAGGAUGAAGGAAGUGAAGAGGUUUGCUGAUGACAUGCUCGAUGAAGGAAUUAAUAUCUCCGAGUCAACUAUGGCAAAGUUGAAAAGUUCAUUCUAUAAGGAGGGGAGGAGUGGAAGAGAUAUGUAUGAUCGGCUUUCUAGGAGAUGGAAAGACCAUUAGGAUAGCUAGUCCAAUAUAUGGGGAAAAAAAAAAGGAUUAGGAUAUUGUUCUACCUGUGUAAUGCCUGAGUAUGUACAAAAUACAAGGCAUUCAGAGCUGGAAAAGCUUGUUUACUAUGGACUGGCAUUCCAGCAUUUUCUUAUUGGUUUUUGUAAUUUUGCAGACAAGAUUUUGAAUUUCAAAUUUUCUUCAGAUGCGGCAGUUUUCACC